AUGGCCGCGAAUCCGGCCCAAGCGGAAGAACAGCUGCUGGAUUUGUUGCUUACCCUCAAGAAAACCACAGAUGCGGAAGCUAGAGCCCUGCUCAAUUCGCAACCUCAGAUUGCAUAUGCUCUGAUGGCUACCAUGGUGAAGAUUAACGCGGUGAAACCGGAGGUGGUGCAGGACAUUCUCGCGAAGCAGGGAGCUUUGCCUAGAUCCUUAAGCGCACUUCCAGCGACGUCUGCACCUCCAGCAAUGCCCCCGCAGCCACCUUCGGCCAUUCCGCCCCACUUGCAAGGCCCUGGUGUCCAACGCGGAGCCCCACCUGGCCCUGGUUCUGCAUCGCUUCCAGAUUCUUUGGCCGGGCUCCCCGAAGAACAGAAAGUAUUGAUCCAACGCGUAAUUACAAUGACCCCCGAAGAGGUCUAUCAGCUUCCUCCAGCAGACAGAGAGAGCAUCAUCAAGCUGCGUGCUACACUAGGAAUGUCAACCUAA